GAUACCGGAAAGGCCUCCGUGUUGUGCUCUUCGUGGAGGCUCACCCUCCGUGUCGCUCUGUUUCCCAUCGGACUUCUCGGCGGCGGAGGACGGAAACAUGUGCACGAACAUGCCGCCGGACAGCUUGAACCUGGAGUCCCAGCUUCUGUCCAUCAUGGACGUGCUGGUGAAGGCGGCGGUGGCCGAAAUCAGUCAGCUGUUCUCGGAGAGCGCGGCGUCUCUCCGCAUGCAUCUCACCCAGAGCCUGAAGGAGAACGAGGCGCUGAGGAUGAGGAUGAAGGUGACGCGGAGCGAGCUGUUCUCCCUCCGGCUGCAGACCAGGAGCAACCGACCGGCGAGCCGCUUCUCCUCGGUCCGAGGAAACGUCCCCAGACCGCGGAUCAAAUCUCACGUCGUCAUUAAGCCUCCGGUGCCUCAAAAAGCUGUUGGAGGAGCUGCCUCUGUUUCUCUACAGUCAGACAACAAGAUUUCCUCUGGCACUCAAGUGCAGUGUGCAGAUGUGGAGAGUCCAGAUGUGAUUCUGAUCAAAGAUGAGGAUGACGUGGGAGGAUGUGGACCAGAUGUAGGUCAGGACGACUUCGGAGGCCAUCGCCCACAGGGAGGUGUUACCACAGGGACUCAGAAGUUAGACUCUGGUUCCUCCUGCCUAACAAGUGAUAGUGAGGAGCUGAGAAUCGUGAGUGUUCACAGCGGAGGAGAAGUGCCUCUGCAUGGCGAGAGUGACACCCUCUUCACUGCCUCUGAACUUCAGGCUUUCAGCUCGCUGUCUCCAGACCACAGCGUCACCCAUGAUGGUCUCCUCAACUUUACCACCGGUGCCAAUGAUGGUGCCCAACUGAGACUGAUGCAGGAUAACAGUGUUGGACUGUUGGAGCGAAAUCAUUCCACUCAAGCAUUGACUUCUGCAAUAAAAACAACAAUAGUCGGAGCCGAUGGUCACGUGGGGCACCCGAGUCACAUUAGCCAGUUCUCCCAGCAGCAGAACAUCUUCCCUCACGGUGUCAACAAAUCCCUCGACUGCAGCUUCUGUGGCGAUCGCUUCCUCAGCCGCGAAGACCUGAUCGUUCACCGGGCAAGUCACACCGGGGAGUCGCCCGUUGUCUGUACCUUGUGCGGCAAGUCUUUCGUCAACAAGACCACGCUGGGCAUCCACAUGCGCAUUCACACCGGUGAGAAGCCGUACGUGUGUCCGCAGUGCGGGAAGCGCUUCACGCAGAACGGCAGCCUGAAGAUCCACCUGAGGACUCACUCCGGAGAGAAGCCGUACACCUGCAACCAGUGCACCGCCAGCUUCAACAACCCCAGCAACCUGCGCAGACACAUGAUAACACACAACACAAACGGGUUGCUCUGACCACGGCUGACGAAAACAUUUAAUAUCCUUCACCUUUUUUAGGCUUUCUUACUUUUACUGACACUUGUAUGUUUUGACAUGGGUCAAAGGUAUUUAACAACCUAUGAGUACUUUGUAUGUAUCUAUUAACUUCACACUAAAACCAUUGUGUGUUGAAUAAUUACACUUGCAUUCAUUUUUAAAUCUAGGAAAAGUAGCAAUAGAAAACGUCUAUAAUAUAAUAUAUUUUUUAUUUUUCCUCCCUGCUGAUUUUUUUAAUUCUUUUAAAAAUUUGAAUGCCUCACAUCAGCUCAACUCCACAAUUUGAAGUUUCUUCCAUCACUAUUUCUACAUGAGUAACUUUUUGAAUAUUACUUUAUUUACUCUACACUACACAGGUGAAGCAAAGCAUGAAACAUAUUACAUGAAUGACUUGAGUUUGCUAAACACGAUGAUCAGGAGGCUAAAAUGAACAGAAACCAUGACGGUGAAAUUAAAAGGAAUCACAGCUUCAGGUGAGAUCAGAAAACUGAGGGAAGUUUUAUAUUGUGAUAUUAAGAAAUAUUGUGAUACAGUUAAAGGGGGAGAACAUCUACAGUAAAAUGGCAGUGUAACAGUUCAUUAAUAAAAUAAAAAUAAUAAAGUUAUUGUUGGCCAAUCACAUUACAAAUGAAUGCAUACACAUGAAGGUAUCAAGAAAAUCAUUGUUUUACCCUCAUUGGACCUCAUGGGAUAUUAAAGGGAUAUUUAAACUGGUACUUCAUGGCAGAUUCCAGGGAUGAUGUAGUCUACACAUUUUAUUUAUAUGAUUUUAGAGGCAACGUAAACUAAACUAAACUGUUUUAAAGUUUGCACUUUUAGAUUCUCCUGUCACACAAAUAGAACCAGUUCUCAGAUAAACUGACUAAACUUCAUCAGUCUUCACAUUGUUGUUAAUUAGGCUGGAUUUAUAGUGACCUUCAUACCUUGCACCAGGAGAGAGCCAUUCCCGUCUUUCGUUUUGUAUGGUUCAUUAAAAACAAACUACCUCCGCUGUUGAAGCUCUUUUUCCUCUUUGUAUACUCUUAGAAAGUUUUGGACUGGGCAAUAGUUAAUUUAGUGUGUAUUCUGUUUAUGCAUUUGUAGUCUGCAUAUGUGAUACUGAAUAAAUAUACAUCUUUUUACAGUU